AUGUUACUAUUUUACUUAUUAUUCAUAUUUUCAAUAUUUCAAAAAAUUGUUCUCGCAUCUAGUGGUACCGCUAUUAAUGGUUGUCCAAAUUUAGAUUUUACAUGGAAUGCAGGUAAUCAAAAUAUUAUGCCUUAUACCAUGGAUAUUACUGAUGUUACUUUAGUUCAAGAUAAUUUAUUUGAAAUUACAAUUCAUGUUCUAGGUGAACAACAAAUUCCUUUAAAAUACCUUUACUCUUUAAAAAUUAUCGGAAUUAACGGUCCUGCAAGUACUGUUCAAUUAUAUGGUAAAAAUGAAAAUACUUAUAUAAUUGAUAAUCCAACAGAUUUUACAGUUACUUUUCAAGUAUAUGCUACAUUAUCUAACUGUCAAUGGUGGUUACCAAAUUUCCAAAUUCAAUUUGAAUAUUUACAAGGGGAUGCUUCUCAAUAUUCGUCAACUUGGAUUUGGGGUUCUUCAACUUUUGAUUUAACUACUGGUUGUAAUAAUUAUGAUAAUCAAGGUCAUUCUCAAACUGAUUUACCAGGUUUUUAUUGGACUUUUGCGUUACCAUCUUCUUGUGGUUUAGAUUCAAGUUCAUCUACUAUUGCAGCUUCUAGUUAUACUAGUGAAAUUACUUCCUCUACCGAUGUUAUUGAAACCACUUCUUCUGCUAGUGAAGUUACUUCUUCUACCGUGGAUGCUAAUGCUAGAACUAGAUCUACUGUUGUUUCAUCUUCUAUUGAUGAAGCUACUUCUUCUGCUAGCGAAGCCACUUCGUCUACUGCUGCUACCGAAGCCACUUCUUCAGCUAGUGAAGUUACUUCUUCUGCUAGUGAAGUUACUUCUUCUACUGCUGCUAUUGAAACUACUUCCUCUACAGCUGCUAUUGAAACUACUUCUUCUGCUAGCGAAGCCACUUCGUCUACUGCUGCUAUUGAAACUACUUCUUCAGCUAGCGAAGCCACUUCCUCUACAGCUGCUAUUGAAACUACUUCUUCAGCUAGCGAAGCCACUUCCUCUACUGCUGCUAUUGAAACUACUUCUUCAGCUAGCGAAGCCACUUCCUCUACUGCUGCUAUUGAAACUACUUCUUCUGCUAGUGAAGCCACUUCCUCUACUGCUGCUAUUGAAACUACUUCUUCUGCUAGUGAAGCCACUUCCUCUACUGCUGUUAUUGAAACUACUUCUUCAGCUAGUGAAGCCACUUCCUCUACUGAACAACUCACAACAAGUUCUACCUCAAGUCUUAUUCCUCACCCUUCACCUCGUGAUGAUUUCCCAAGUACUUUCUUUUUUAGAACAUCUUCAAUUGAAAGUAACUCUGUAACUCCAUCUUCUACUGCUUCUGAUCCUGUUACUUCAUCAGAAACUACUACUGCCAAUACUAUUGCUUCAACUGACACUAUCUAUUCAGACUCUGUUGCUUCGUAUGAAACUUCUACUUUUGAAACUGUUGAAUCUUCCUCAGUUUCCUCUAGUUCUCCAACACCUUCAACUCUAGUAAAUAUCAAUUCUUCCUCUACUGUUACUUCAAAUGCUUCCAGCUCUACAAGCGGCGCCUCUACUACCGAAUCAAGAAGUUCUACAGUUGUAAGAGAAACUACAGUGAUAACAACACCCUGUUUCUUUUCUAAUACUUCUAUUACCUCGGCUGGUCCAUCGUCUUCUUCAAAAACUUCAUCUACACCUGAUAUCGCUCGCUUUGAUAUCUCAUCUGUUCCAGCGGUAUCUUCAACUGGGUUAACAUCAUCCCUACAUGUUUCGUCUUCUAUCAUCUCAAGUGCUACCUCUACCACAACUGAUGACGUUUCUUCCGUAAAAUCAACUGAAAGUUCAUUUUCCACUAUAGAUGUGCCUUCCUCUAGUCAAAAGAGUGAAACUAAUACAGAAUUGUUAUCAACAUCCUCUAUUUCUACUAUAUUAUCAGUUUCAGACUCAACAGAAACUACUCCUGCUACUGUUAGUCCAUCAUUUUCUAAGAGCUCUUCGUAUUUUACUGAAUCGUUCACCAAUCACCUAACACCUACUGCUUCUGCUGAUACAACAACAUCUGCUUCUGUUGAUACAACAACAUUUGCUUCUGUUGAUACAACAACAUUUGCUUCUGUUGAUACAACAACAUUUGCUUCUGUUGAUACAACAACAUCUGCUUCUGUUGAUACAACAACAUCUACAUCUACACAUAUUUCUGUUACAAGUAGUGCUUGCAGCUAUUGCACAAAUACUGUGUUGAUCUUCCAUAAUACCACUGUUUCUAGUGCUUCAUUUACUUCUGCAAGUAUCGAAAGUAAGACAUCAUCUGGAGAGAUAAAGAGGUCUACUACAACUCUAGUUCCUUUUGAAAGCUACAAAACAAUUACUGUUAGCUCAUCAUCAGUGGAAACACCCGUUUCCUCUCAAAAGGUUCAUAGUUCAAUUUCAAGUGUGGCAUCAACUCAAGUUGUAACCACACCAAACACAAUAGUCCAAUAUACUGCUACUAGCUCAACUCCCACUGUCAUAAAUUCAGAAAAUUCUGGUUCCAAAUCAAACUAUUCAUACUUUUUCAUCACUGCAUCUCUAUUCCUAUUCCAAUUCAUGUGA